AACUCUUAAAUUAUAAAUAAAGUUAAUACACAAUAUAUAGAGAGAGUUUAUAUGAAGAUGGACUCUUCGUGAAGAGUUCACUUAGCCUUCUAUAGAUUUUUAAAAGACACCUCAUUUAAUUGGGUUUUACAUGGAGGUGGAAGUACUUAUCAUGACUGAUGUUCAUACAAAGGCAGGUUCACAUGGUGAGGUUGCCGAAUGCCGAGGCAGCGCAGCCGGCGCCCGGCAGCCACCGCUAGAGGCGGCCGGCGUCUCUCGCAAAUACCCUACAAGGACAACGCCACAACGGCAAGGUUUCAGAAAGGAAAAAAAAGAAAGAGGCAACGGCAAGUCAAAUGCAGAGCGGGAGUGCGGGACACCAACCCAGGCGCCUAAAGCUAAAGGCCCUCUCCAAAACCACGCCGCGCCGCCGCAUUCCCGCAAGCAUCUCGCCGGCGGAGGCGGCGCUCCCGAUGCUCGAGUCUGACGUCCAACUCGGUAGCUCCCGUGCGUACCCGGGGGUCCGGGCCCCCGGAGCGUCCAAGGAAGCGCAAGAGGGGCACCGAGGCCCCGUCGCCCAGGCGCGCGACGCGGAGCUCGGCGGCGGCGCAAGUGGACGUGGAAGGCGCGGUGGCGUGGGCACGGCGCGCGGCCGCGGGGGAGCGGUCGGUGGUGUGCGGGCGCAACCGUCGCCUCGACGUCGACUUGGAGUCGCUGGGGACGGUGAUCCUGUUGUUGUGGUGUGUGCGCUCCCAGCUCAACCCCGACAUGCCUUUCUCCGAGAAACAAAAAAGAAACCACAAAUAAGCACAAAGAAACAUAUUGGAAUAGACCCUGUCAGAUGUCAAGCUGCUGUCCCUGAGUGGAUUAAUGACCCAUCUGAGGAAUGUAAGGCUAACUACAGAAAUGAUAAUGAUACCUUGCAAAGGAUGGGCACAGUGGUCAGGCUGCCACCCACUUUGGAGCCACCGAAGGCAAGGAAAGCAGUGAAUGACAUGUGUAAAUGCUAUCAUCCUGGAUCUGAGGCCUACGUAGAAGUUAAUGUAAAAGAGGCCUGGAAGAGGGUCAAGUAUCAAUUGGGUGAGCAGGCUUUCAAAAACUGUGGGUUUGGUGCGAUGGGUGAGCGAGUUCUGAAGUUAUGGACUGCAGAAGACAAGAAAAAACUUGCUGAUUUUGAGAAGUUGAUUCCUCAGAGUAAGAGUACUAUUGAAGACUUCAUGGAGGUUGCCUUGAAGCAGUUUAGCUCAGAGAGAACAACAGACUUGGCUAAGUAUUGCUACAACGUUUUUCUUCCUAGAAGAUUUGCCAGCCUGAAUAGAGCAGGGUCUACAAACUCCAUAGAUGCGAUUUCAGAUGAUGAAGGCAAUAGCCAAGAUGAUAACAAAGUGCAUCUUUCUGAAGAGAAUGGUAAAAGCUCUGGAUCGUCUUUGAAGAGGUCCCGGGAGUAGGAGAAAUGCAGCUGACAUUUUGCUGCUUUGGACAGUUGUCCAUUCUUUUUUCAAAUGGAGCUGGGGUAGCUUUGAAGGUUACAUAUAUCUGGCUAUAUGGACUGAAGUUAACAUAUGCUACCAGUGAGGAGAAACUGGACUGAAGUUAACAUAUGCUGAUGAGUUAGUCUAACCUUUUUUUUUCCUCCUCGAGAGAGCGUAUAUGUUCAUGCGCCGUGUCAUUUUGUAUGGACGCACAUAAUAGCAAAUCGAGAACAAAAGACAUGUCCAUUUAUGAAUUGUUACGAUAUAGCACAGGCGAUUUGAUGGUUGUUGGAAAA